UUAUCAUUGACGUCCUGGUAACGACUUAUAAAAUCCAUUAUGAAGGUGUUCCUGUUUAUAACUUUAGUUUCCCUUCUUCUGGGAAUCGGGGCCCUCCCUAGACAAUUUGAUAUCGCUGAAGAUGAAGUGAGGAUUGUUGGUGGAAACGCAACGACUAUAGAAAAAUUUCCGUACCUUGCACAGUUACGUCUUGAUAAUAAUUUUGAGUGUGGGUCUUGCAUUAUUUCACCAAAGUGGGUUCUCACCGCAGGACAUUGUGUCUAUGGGUAUAGGGAUCUUAUAGACAACAUUACGUUAUUUGUAGGUGUUACCGAGUUCGAUCAAACAGGAAACGAAGCAAUUAAUCUAGCAAAGUUAUACAUUCAUCCCUUGUACAAUGAAACAACACAGGACUACGACAUAAGCAUUCUGCUUCUAAAAAAACAUCUUGUAUUUGGAGAAAAAGUUAAUUCAAUUGCUUUAGCACCACCCAAUGUUGUUUUACCUGUGGGAACUAUGGCCACCGUUGCCGGUUGGGGUACUUUAUCUUUUAAUGGUGCCCUUCCUACGCAAUUGCAGGAAGUGAAUGUGCCCAUUAUUUCCAAUGAGGAAUGUGCUCGUCUUUACGUCGGCAGUAACGAUACCUGGGUUUUUGAUAGAAAUUUAUGUGCUGGUUAUCCACAAGGAGGAAAAGACGCUUGUAAUGGUGAUUCUGGAGGACCACUGACAGUGAACGGUGUACUUUAUGGAUUGGUUUCUUCCGGUACAGCUUGCGCUCUUCCCGGACUUCCGGGAACCUACACCAAUGUUUCAAGUGUACGCUCCUACAUCACAUCAGUUACAGGACGAGUAUGGGCUUUCCCAACACAGUCUGAUAUCGAUAUCGUUGAAGAUGAAGGGAGGAUAGUCGGCGGAAACGUAACGACUAUAGAUAAGUUUCCGUAUAUUGCACAAUUAUAUAUUGCAAAUGAAUUUUCGUGUGGAGCUUGCAUUAUUUCACCAAAAUGGGUCCUCACAGCAGCGCAUUGUACUUAUGAGGAAAAUGCAAGUAACGUCACGUUACGUGUCGGUGCUAGCAGGUUUAAUCAAGUAGCAAAUGAAGCAAUAAUUGUAGCAGAGAUACACAUUCAUCCAUUGUACAACGACUCAACGAUAGACUACGAUAUAGGCAUUCUCCUUCUGAAUAAAGAUCUUAUUUUUGGAACAAGAGUUGCUUCAAUUGACUUACCACGUUCCAACGUUGUGUUACCUGCCGGAACUUUGGCAACCGUUGUCGGUUGGGGUACUUUGGCUUAUAACGGUACCUAUCCGACACAAUUGCAGGCAGUAACCAUGCAUAUUGUUUCCAAUGAAGAAUGUGCUCGACGUUACCUUGGCAAAAACGAAACUUAUGUUACUGAUAGAAAUUUGUGUGCUGGUGAGAAAAAAGGAGGAAAAGACGCUUGCAGUGGUGAUUCUGGAGGACCACUGACAGUGAAUGGUGUACUUUAUGGAUUGGUUUCUGGUGGUAUGGGUUGCGCUGAUGCCAGAUAUCCAGGAACCUACACAAAUGUUUCAAGUGUACGCUCCUACAUCACAUCAGUUACAGGGCUUUGA